UCAUUAUGACAUAAUGAAGGCCGGGAAGCAAAGAAGGGGAAGAAAACUGGAAAUUAACCAAGCAACCCUUCCAGGAUAUUGGAUACAGUUAAAACACCCAUCAUUGGAAAGUAAAAUAUUAAGAUAAAAAGAAAGAAAGAAUAAAGCCCAAAACAAAAACAAAGGUGACAACAAAUAAAGCCUAACUUCUCAUUUGACUGCAUGUCACUGUUGCUAGUAAAAGCAAUGACCAUAUUCUACACAGAGAUCCAGAAUGCUGGCACCCCUGGCCUCCCUGUUGAAUGUGUAUGGAGAAUGUUUUAUCACUUUGGUUCCCUGGGGCAACCUGAGCGUCUUUGAAUCUUUUACUGCCUCGCUGAGUUAAAGGUGAUCCUGUGUCUUGUAAAACCGUUGCAUCUGCUGAAAGCCGGAGCUUCCCCGGGCCAGAGAUAGAAGUGUAAAUGCACAGCAGCGUGCUGAGAGCAGCCGGGAGAGCCCACCGAAGCCUGAAAGUUGAAUUCAUUAUUCCAGCCUCACUGUUAUUUCUUUGUGCAACACAGACAUUUUCUUUGCUCUGUAAUCCUCUGCAAUGAAAGGACUUAAAAAUCUCUCUCUCCAGGGUUUCUCCGUGGCUGUAACAUAUGUCAUUUAGGAAACCUGACCCCGUGUCUUAGGUGUUCUCUCAUCGUGUGCUGAAAUGGGCUAAACAAUGCAGAACGAGUCAGACAGGAGGUUCAAUGGCUCCAAAUGCGAUGCAAAGGGUGGGGGGAGAGAGUUCAUUUGAUUCCUGUGAACUUCGGUUAUAAGAAAACCCCCAAAUAUGCUGACAUAUCACCAGGCAUGGGAGAGAAAACACAGAGCGAGGGACAAAAUGAGUACUGUUUACAGGGGGCUUUCUGCAGUUUCGGGUACUCAAAUUUUCUGCUUCUCUGAGGUAAACUGCACGCGGUGCUCCACACCCCACGGGAAGCUCUCACGCUGAUUUGGCUGCACGUCAGUUUUCUCCUCCGAUUUCUAAAGGAAGCUACUUGGGAUGGUCCCCUGCAACCUCGUGUGUCGAUCGCUAAGUCGUCCCCACUCCCGUCGGAACGCUCUCUCCCCUGCGAUGGAAAGUGGCAUGCCAUCAGAGAGAAAGAGGAACGGACAAAGGGCUCCGUAGAAACUCUGGCAGCGAGAACGCAGGGAAAGGCAUGGAGAUGAGCUAAGUUGCCGAGCGGUGGGCUGACAGUGUACCCGUUCAGGAUGCUGCACGUGAGCGACUUGCCUCCUCCUAGGCGACACUCGUGGAUAUGCUUUGAUGUGGAAAAUGGCCCUUCUCCAGGUCGGAGCCCGCUGGACCCUCAGGCCAGCUCUUCCUCUGGACUGGUUCUUCAUGCCACCUUCCCUGGGCACAGCCAACGCAGAGAGUCCUUCCUCUACAGAUCCGACAGCGACUAUGACUUGUCACCAAAAGCGAUGUCAAGGAACUCAUCACUUCCCAGUGAGCAACACGGCGAUGACCUGAUCGUCACUCCUUUUGCCCAGGUUCUCGCCAGCUUGCGAAGUGUAAGAAACAAUUUCACCCUGCUGACAAACCUUCAGGGAGCACCAAACAAGAGGUCGCCAGCAGCUAGUCAGGCUCCGGUCUCCAGAGUCAGCCUGCAAGAAGAAUCGUAUCAGAAACUAGCAAUGGAGACGCUGGAGGAGCUAGACUGGUGCCUAGACCAGCUAGAAACCAUCCAGACCUACCGCUCUGUCAGCGAGAUGGCCUCAAACAAGUUCAAAAGGAUGCUGAACCGGGAGCUGACACACCUCUCAGAGAUGAGCAGAUCAGGAAACCAGGUGUCUGAAUACAUUUCAAACACAUUCUUAGACAAGCAAAACGAUGUGGAAAUUCCGUCUCCCACCCAGAAGGACAGGGAGAAGAAGAAGAAGCAGCAGCUCAUGACCCAGAUAAGUGGAGUGAAGAAAUUGAUGCAUAGCUCAAGCCUAAACAACACAAGCAUCUCACGCUUUGGAGUCAACACGGAAAAUGAGGAUCAUCUAGCCAAGGAGCUAGAAGACCUGAACAAAUGGGGCCUUAACAUUUUCAACGUGGCUGGGUACUCACACAAUCGACCCCUGACAUGCAUCAUGUAUGCCAUAUUCCAGGAAAGAGACCUCCUGAAGACAUUCAAAAUCUCUUCUGAUACCUUCGUAACCUACAUGAUGACUUUGGAGGACCAUUACCAUUCUGACGUGGCCUAUCACAACAGCCUGCAUGCUGCUGACGUGGCCCAGUCAACCCACGUUCUCCUUUCGACGCCAGCGCUGGAUGCUGUCUUCACAGACCUGGAAAUCCUGGCUGCCAUUUUUGCAGCUGCCAUCCAUGAUGUUGAUCAUCCUGGAGUCUCCAAUCAGUUUCUCAUCAACACAAAUUCAGAACUUGCUUUGAUGUAUAAUGAUGAGUCUGUCUUGGAAAACCACCACCUCGCUGUGGGGUUCAAACUGCUCCAAGAGGAACACUGCGACAUCUUCCAGAAUCUCACCAAGAAACAACGCCAGACACUCAGGAAAAUGGUGAUUGACAUGGUAUUGGCAACUGAUAUGUCCAAACAUAUGAGCCUCCUGGCAGACCUCAAAACCAUGGUAGAAACCAAAAAGGUGACAAGUUCGGGUGUUCUCCUCCUGGACAACUACACUGACCGAAUACAGGUCCUUCGAAACAUGGUACACUGUGCAGACCUGAGCAACCCCACCAAGUCCUUGGAACUGUAUCGGCAAUGGACCGAUCGCAUCAUGGAGGAGUUUUUCCAACAGGGCGACAAAGAACGGGAGAGGGGAAUGGAGAUUAGCCCGAUGUGUGAUAAACACACGGCUUCUGUGGAAAAAUCCCAGGUUGGUUUCAUUGACUACAUUGUCCAUCCACUAUGGGAGACCUGGGCAGACCUGGUUCAGCCUGAUGCUCAAGACAUUCUGGACACUCUCGAAGAUAACAGGAACUGGUACCAGAGCAUGAUACCCCAGAGCCCCUCCCCACCGCUGGAUGAGAGAGGCAGGGACUGCCAAGGUCUGAUGGAAAAGUUUCAGUUUGAACUGACCCUUGAAGAAGAGGAUUCUGAAGGACAAGAAAAGGAGGGAGAAGGCCACAACUAUUUCAGCAGCACAAAGACACUCUGUGUGAUCGAUCCAGAGAACAGGGAUUCCCUGGAAGAGACUGACAUAGACGUCGCAACAGACGACAAGUCCCCGAUCGACACAUAAGCUCCCUCUGUGCGGGGGAUGAACAUUCCACCCUUGACAAGCAUGCCAGCUGAGUGGUAGGGCCCAGCCUACCAUGGCCAAGGCCUGCACAGGACAAAGGCCACCUGGCCUUUCCAGUUACUUGAGUUUGGAGCCGGAAUUCAAGGCCAUGGAGCAAAUAGCCGUUCCGUGCCGCCUUGCCUGCAAGCUUGGCGGAGACCCGCAGCUAGACGUGGCAGUAGAGACCAGAUCCCGUCACAGCUACACGGCUUGAAAACAGAGGACAGAACGCUGAGAGGUUGUUCCGCACUAGGUGUUGGGAGGCCGUCCCGACAGGUGUCUGAACUCACUAACGACUUCAUUUGUCAGCCUCACCCAUCCCAUUGUCUGCCAACCUGUGUGCCUUUUUUGUAAAAUGUUUUCGUGUCUUUGAAAUGCCUGUUGAAUAUCUAGCGUUUAGUACCAACUUCUACACAGACGUGUGUUUAAAUUUGACACAAACUUUUUUGAGUCUUUCUGGAGAAACAAAAAAAAACAAAACGAAAGAAAACAGGUUGCCUUCUUUCUUGGGCAAUAUCUUUGGCUCCCCCUCCCCAACCCAACCCUCCCCCCAGUUAAACAGAUGGGACAGGUGCACUUCUAGCCACAUGCUACCCCCUUCGCUUUGUCCAACCUGACUCCAUAGUGGCCCCUGCAACUUAGAUGUUUGCCUGCCCCGAGAGCUGUUUCUCCCUGUGAAACCUCUCUGCUUUGCUUCCAACUGAUGGAGGAAGCUGAACAAACCAGGAGGUCUGUGGGGGAAGCUGUAGCCUCUGCCACCAGCCUGUGUAGUGCUCAGUUGCGUAAGGCUAUGUGUGCUGCUGUGUCCCAGCCUCCUUGCCGUUGUGAGUUGCACACCACCUGCCAACCCUCUCUCACCUCCUCUUCACUCAAAUAUACUCUCUUCAAUUUAAUGCUGCCUCCUUCAUCUUGCACUGCCUUCCUGCACUAACGCUUCCCUCUACUCCUGUUUAUAACCAUGUAUUUAUUACAUAAUGUACAUAUUGUAAUGUUUUGUAAGUUAUUAAUUUAUAUAUCUAACAUUGCCUGCCAAUGGUGGUGUUAAAUUUGUGUAGAAAACUCUGCCUAAGAGUUGCAACCUUUUCUUGUAAUGUUUUGUAUUGUGUAUUAUAUAACCCAAACAUUGCUUAAGAGAGGCACGGAGCCACAUUAGCAGUGAGGAUGGCAUGACCAUUGUUCCAAGGGUCAGCCCUUUUCCUCGUCUGAGUCCCUAAUUCUGCCCAACCCUUUGAUGAGCUGGUUUUGCAAACAGGAUUAUCACAUUAGAUACUAAAUGGUUUAUACUGAGGCUUUAUUUUGUAUAGUUUGAUGGGGCUGGGAACACUGGGAUGUAGUUUUUACCCAUGUUCUAGCCAAGUCUCUGUAUGCAUGAGUUGGGUUGUCACUGGGCUCUGCUCUAAUCGUGGCUUUGGUUCUAAAAACAACACUACAUUUGCUCACAGAUGAUGCUGAGUGUUCCCAAACUACUGACGUGGAAGAGCUAGCCUCCAUACUGCUCACAAGCAGGGAGCCAUGUUCAAAUUCAUCAUUGAACGGAAACAAUAUGACAAUGUGAAUUUUUAUUGUAGAAUGUGAACUGAUGUCAUAAAUUAUGCAAAUGUGAAGCUUCUGAUAACACUUGUUAGGCCUCUUCCUGGUGUCAGUUUCAGUUUGUAAAAUAUAUGUCAUGCUUCAGUUCAGCAUUGUGACAGUAGCUAAAGAAAAUGGCACAAAUGUGCAUGACCAAUGGGUUCGUAUGUCUGUAACACUGCGAUGUUCCGGGUGACAUUAUAUUGUUUUCAAAAGUUUCUCACAAUGUAUGUUAUAAUAUUAUUACUAUUAUAUAUUGUGUUCAAAUGCAUUCUUAAGAGACUUUUAUAUGAGCUGAAUAAACAAAGGCAUGAAUAGA